AUGAUUAAAAUAAUACUUAUUACAUUUUCUAUUAUUAUAAAAAUAGCAGCCAAAUGGCCAGACCGAGAGAAUGACACGUUAGUUUUCAUAGCUAACCCGAUAGAAGCUAACAUGCCGGGCCAUUGGAUACCUCUCAGUGUUGUAAAAGCGAUACUAGUGGGAACUACGCCAUCUAGCUCACCACACAAAAAAUUACACUACGAAGUAACAGAAUCAACAACGACUACAACCGAAGAAACAACAACUACAACUGUUGCACCAACAACUACAACUGAAGCAACAACAACAACUGAAAAACCUACAACGGCUGAAGAAACAACCACAACAACAGAAGCCACAACUAUACCAGCUUCAACACCGGUAACAACACCAGAACCAGCUACAACUACUACAACGGAAGCUACAACUACUGCGGCUCCAGCAACCACAGAAGAAACUACAACCACAACAGAAGCGACGACAACAACAACUCCAACAACAACAACAACUCCCACAACAACAACAACUCCAACAACCACAACAACGACUGAAGCUACAACAACUACGACGACGGAACCACCAACAACAACUCAGAGAGGACCAAAACGACCAAGUAAACCUGCUACUGACACUCAUGAAAACUUAAAUAAUUAA